AUGUACCAGGUACUGUCACGAGUACCGUUGAUGCGGGGACGUUUGGUUACCAUGCCCGGAAGCGGUGGGGACAGUCUUGUCAUCCCGGACGAGGCCCCCUACUUACCGUGUAAAACCAAGGUUCGAGUGCGAGCACUAGGGGCGGGGUAGUUGCGCAGUCAGCGAUGAUUAGAUAUCGAUUGCUGUGUGUGGUAGCAGCUGUGCCUCCGGAUUUCGGCUGCAUUGGUACCGCCCUCUCGAGCCACUGGUUGGCACGAAAGGCGAGUGAUGGAAGGAUUCGUGUUGGGCAUUGGGGACGCGUGUCGCUGUGUGGUUGGAUAAGAGCCUUGCUUGCGGGAUGGGUCGCUGCUCCUGAUUGUGCUGCCGGAUUCGGCAAUGGAUGGGUCGUGGACGUGAAGAUUUCUGGGUUUCGUUGCUGCUGCAUCAUUUGUACGCCGCAAGCUUUUGUGGGAGGAGGGGGAGGAGAGAUACAGGGAGAGGUUGAUUAUGAUAGCACCAUGCUUUCCAAUGCAUGGCAAAGAGUUCGUCUCAAACGAUUUACUACCGCCGCCCUGAAACGACACAAUGGGCUAGAUUUUAGUGCAUGUCGCCUUUCAUCUCAUUCGUGACGGGUAUCGCCGCAUGCCCUUGAAUUGACGCACAUGUAUGGCAAGCGCUUUAUUACAUACACCGAGAUUACUGGAAGGUAGGAGUGUAGCUUGCUCAGCUUGGAGCAUUCACUUUUUGUAGGCUGUUGGAGUUUCUGUGGCGCUUGGCCGCUGCUUUAGACUUUUGAACUCCGAAAACUUUUUUUUUUUCUCACCUUGGCUCUGCCGUAUCUUCUAACUCGCUUCUUUCUGACGAGAGAAGAGCUGGGUCUAGCUGGUACUGCACGCACACGAAAUAUAGAUGAAACUGACUGGUUGCCGAUCUUAAAACUGCUUCGUGCUUAUUUGCACGUACAGAGGAAAAUUCUCCCAAGAGGCCGUUUGCGGUCUCUUGAGGUCUCGCCGCGCGGCAAUCACACUUUCAGUCGGAAGAAUCGACUCACGCACUUUUUGUGCCGAACCACAGCUUUGACUUCGCUUUGGGGAGGGCGGGGCCAGAGAGAAAACGAAAGACACGCCGGCAGGCGCUUUCUUACGCCGUAUCUCUCCGUGCCUCCCAUUGUGGGGCACAACGAAGGUAGUCUGUCUGUACGUCUCGUGUCUUUUACUCCUGGCAAUUGAAGGAUGUGGGAACGAAACGACCGCGCUCCCUUCUUUCUCCACCCUGCCAUCGCUUGUUGGGUCACACACACCGUGAGCUAACGUUCUGUGACCCUCUCCUACAUCCGGUGCCCGGCCGCCACACGGACAAACACAACGCAGACAGCAGCUCAACACGCACCGACAACGAACGCCACCAUCUGUCAGUCCC